ACAAGUUCAUGAAGUCGAAACCACCACACAGAUCACUCAAUUGCCUUGACUUUUUUGUCAAUGAUAGUACAACUAGUAAGUUGUGUCACCUGGAAGCACAAGCUUGUUGCUUUGUAGUCAUCCUGAGUGGCUACUGUCAGUUGACAAGAGGUGACAGUAGAGAGAGGAGCAACAGCUGUGCUAGAGUUGGGUGCAGUAGCCAAUCACAGCUGAGGUACUGUAAUGUGAAGAUGAGGUGUGUGGUGGCCAUAACAAUAGUAAUAGCAUUUCUGCAGCAUGGAAUGGGCUAUACACAAGAGAGACGAUACGUAGAGGGUUCAAACAUGAAUUUGGGCGAGGCACUCCAAUUUCUCAGGGAAUAUGACCGGGAAGCAUCUGGAAUGUGUUUCCGAGUGACAUCAUCCCAAUGGAACUACAGUACUAACAUUACAGAAACAAAUAAACGUCGUAUGCUUGAGGAACAAGCACUAAGUGCGAAGUUUCACCGUUUAUCAUGGAGAAGAGCUACAUCAUAUACAUGGACACGGUUACCGGAUCCAAUUGUCAGAAGGCAGCUUCAUAUGUUAGCCAUAGAGGGAAGAGCUGCACUCCCUGAAGAAAAGUUCAAUGAGCUACAACAAUUGAUAUCAGAUAUGAAAGAGAUUUAUUCAAGAGCACGGACUUGUCCUCAUUCAAUUAACAGCAUUAAUUACAAUUACAGGCAGAGUGGAAGUUGUGAUCUAGCACUUGAGCCUGAUCUGACCCGAAUAAUGUCUCAUUCACGGGACUAUGAGGAGCUGCUUCAUGUGUGGAGAGCAUGGCGUGAUGCUGUAGGCCCGCCAAUCAGGAGCAAGUAUAUUCGUUACAUACAAUUAGCAAACCAUGCAGCUAGACUAAACGGUUUCCAUGAUGCAGGGCAGCAGCAGAGAGAGGGUUAUGAAGACUCCGAUAUUAAUACUCAACUGACAGAGCUCUGGACAAAUUUAGCACCACUUUACAGGGAGCUUCACGCAUAUGUGAGGCAUCGACUUGUGGAGAGGUAUGGCCCUGAACGUAUCAGACCCGAUGGACCAUUGCCAGCGCAUCUGUUAGGAAAUAUGUGGGCACAAAACUGGCGCAGCCUAGCAGAUCUGGUGUUGCCAUUUCCAGCAAAACCAACAGUGGAUGUAUCAUCUGAAAUGCUGAGACAGGGCUAUACACCACUCAGGAUGUUUCAUCUGGCUGAAGAAUUCUUCACAUCCCUAGGGCUUAAACCAAUGCCUCCUGAAUUUUGGCGCCAUUCGAUGCUUGAGAAACCUCUAGACAGAGAAGUGGCUUGUCGAGCUUCAGCAUGGGACUUCUGUAAUCAUAAAGACUACAGGAUCAAGCAAUGUACCACAGUGUCAAUGGAUGACUUACUAACUAUACAUCAUGAGAUGGCUCACAUCCAAUACUACUUACAGUAUGCAGACCAGCCCUUGCUGUUCAGGGAUGGAGCUAAUCCUGGUUUCCAUGAGGCUGUGGGGGAUGCAAUCACUCUGUCAGUUUCUAACCCUCGACAUUUGCUAGGAAUAGGACUCCUUAAUAACGUCACAGAUGAUUAUGAAUCUGGUAUCAACUUCCUGCUCUUGAUGGCUCUUGAGAAAGUAGCGUACCUUCCAUUUGCCUACAUUGUUGAUCAGUGGCGCUGGGGAUUGUUUGCUGGUGAUUGGAAUAUUGAUGAAAUGAAUGCACGCUGGUGGGAACUGCGACUGAGGCAUCAAGGAGUUAUUCCUCCCAUUCCACGAACUGAGAAAGAUUUUGACCCUGCUUCCAAAUACCAUAUUCCUGCAGAUAUGCCAUACACAAGGUAUUUUGUGAGCCUGGUGCUGCAGUUCCAGCUUCACCAAGCUCUUUGUGAAGCAGCUGGUCACUUUGGACCACUACAUACUUGUAAUAUCUACCGAUCAAGGGAGGCUGGCCGACUCUUGGGGGACAUACUUUCAUUAGGUUCUUCAAGACCCUGGCCAGAGGUGAUUAGGAUCAUGACACGGGGUAGAACUGACAAACUUGAUGCUUGGCCACUGUUGGAAUAUUUCAAACCAUUGACAAUGUGGUUAAAUGUGCAGAACCGUGAUGAGAGCAUGGUUGGUUGGAGUACUACUGGAGAAGACACAGCCCUGUUUGCUAGAUGGUCUCAGGAUGGAGGUUAUGCUGUGGUACCAAGUGUUCUCAUAACAUUCUUAGCUGUAGUAUUUGCCCUUUCCUAAAUGCAUAAAAUGAAAACUUUGUUAGCUAUAAACUUAUCAAAGGAAAAUUUGGAUACAAAUAUAAUUUGCUGAAUAGUACUUAGAAAAUGUGUGAAACAAAAAUUAACCAUUUUAAUGUUGCAUAAUAGUUAACACACAUGCCAUAUUUUGAAAAUGUAUGAGUAUACCUUACAGUCAUGGUUUCUGUUUCUGGGACAGCAAGAGUGCCUCCACAUGGUGUGUACUUCUGUCAACAAAUUCUAGCUAAAGUUCUUAAUUACAUUACCAGUCUUAGAAAAUGUUUAUGUGUAUCAAAGUUAAAAAAUGUUUGUAUAAUUGCAAUUUAGAAAAUAUUCUGGUAAUUGGUUCUUUAGGUCUUAAAAAUUCAGUUUCAAUUUAAUUAAAAUGUGUAAAUACUUAGUCAGAAUCCAUAGAAAAUGGUGCUUCUUUUUCAAAUAAAUAAAUAAUUUGUAAAAAUUUCGAGCAUAAUCAAAAUUUAUAAAAUAAUAUGUAUGAGUAUUAGGCAUGUAUGAUAUCAUGGCAAAGAAAGUUUUAUAGAAACUGGAGUUUUAAUGUGUAUUUUUUGUGUUAUUGCUGUACUGUAAGAUAGUUUAUUCUGUAAUAAUUUAAUUAAAAUGUUUUAUGAUUUAAAGUGUACAGAAAUUAGUAUAUGCUCUAUGUAACUUAUGAAUCAGUUAUUCAUAGACUUAACAAAGUCUUUGAUUCAGUUAGAAAGGGAGUAUGUUACAAUAUUCUCACAAAGUCUGGGGGACCCAUGAAACUAGUUAGGCUAAUUAAAAUGUGUUUAAAUGAAACCGAUAGUGAAGUCUGUAUAGGUAAAUA